GGCAACGGUUACCAUCGCCGGCGUGCAGGAUCUCCUUCGAACGCGGUUGUGCUGCCGUUCGCGCGACGUAAUUUCGGCGCGGUGGAAGGGCGCUCGGCCGGACGGCGGCGGCGGUGUCAGGUGUCGCGCCCGUUAUCUGCUACGUUCGGCUCUCGCGUGCGCUUGCGCAUGCGCCCGUGUACGGGUGCGAGCGUGUGCGUGCGCGCGCGCCUCGAUCGCUCGUCGUGUUAUUCACUCCAUCUCGCUCGCGCACCGUCCACCGAUAUUCCUCUGCGCGCAAUCGAUUCGUCGCUGCCGCCGCCGCCGCCGCCGUCACUAUCGUCACUGUCGUGUUUACGGCACCCGUCCGCGCGUCCCACCCUCAGACCCGUCAACAAAACGGAACCCCGGUCCCCGGCCAUGGUCGUCGCGUUCUGAGACCGUCGAGGCCCGUACGCGCGCGAGCUCGUUUAUCUCAAACGUCGCCUGGAAACUGCCGCGAUGCAAACCAUUUCGGUGACCGAUUGUCUGCAGGACUCGCCCAAGUUCAGAACACAACUAGAUCGACAUGAGUCCAAUAUUGAUUUACUGGAACAUAGACUAGAAAAGGUCGUAAAAGUAUGUAGUUUAAUGAUUGACUCUGGAAAGACUUAUGUCAGUCAACAAUCAUUAUUUGCUAAUAGCUUGUGGGAAAUGGGACUUUGUUUCCGUGAUGACACCUCAUCUACUAAAAACUUGAAUAAAAUUAUUCAUGCUCUUCAAGAAAUGAACAAAUUUUUAACAACAUUCCUAGAUCAAGCUUCACGUACAGUUUUAAAUAAUUUAACAGUAUUUGUUAAAGAGGAUAUAAAAGCAAGUAAAGAAUCAAAGCAUGUAUUUGAAAAGGCAGCAUCUGAACUCGAUGCAGCUCUAUUAAGAAACUCACAGGUAUUAAAAUCACGCCCACAUGAAGCAGAUGAACUGUUAGGUCAAGUUGCAUCGGCUAGAAGUUCUUUUCGUCAUGCUGCCUUGGAUCAUGUCCAUUGUAUUACCAUGCUUUUGGCCAGGAAAAAACCAGAAAUUUUUUCAACAUUAUUGUUUUAUAUCCAAGCAUGGAGUACAUAUUUUCAUCAAGGGUUUACAUUGACUGAAGAUUUACAAGAUUUUAUUCAAAAUUUGAAUGAAGAAGUUAAUGUGAUGACCACUGAUGCAACUAAAAUGGAAAAACAGCUUAGUGAACAUCAUAAACUAGUUGACAGCCAUGAUACGGUUAUGGUGAUUGGUGAUGACUGUGAAAAUAGUGCCAAGAAUAAGGAAGUGACUCGCAUUGAAGGUUAUCUGUACAAGCGAACCAGUAAUGCAUUCAAGACAUGGAAUCGACGAUGGUUUUAUUUAAAGAAUAAUCAACUUGCAUACCGUAAAAGAAAUGGUGAAGACUUGUUUACCAUAAUGGAAGAUGAUCUAAGAAUUUGUUCAGUUAAACCGGCAUAUGAUGCAGAACGAAGAUUUUGUUUUGAAGUUUUGUCACCUACAAAGAGUCACAUUUUGCAAGCUGAUUCUGAAUAUGUGUAUAAGUCAUGGAUAGAAGCACUUCAACAAGGCAUUGGAGCUGCAAUACAACAUAGUGAUCAACGAAGUACUAAUCAAUCUUCUGGGAAUAGUCAAAUGACCAAUGAUUUUAAUACUCUAAACAAUCGUUUAUCAAGCAAUUCAAAUAAAAUUAGAAAGUCCAAGACUCUGGAAGUUUUGGUAAAAAUUCCUGGCAAUGAAAAGUGUUGCGAUUGCAAAGCACCAAACCCAAACUGGGCUAGCAUAAACCUGGGCAUUACAUUAUGUAUUGAAUGUUCUGGUGUACAUCGAAGUCUGGGUGUUCAUUAUAGUAAAGUCCGUUCAUUGACACUUGAUGACUGGGAACCAGAGAUUUUAAAAGUUUUAGCUGAAGUUGGAAAUUCUGUAGUCAAUGAAGUGUAUGAAUAUAAUGUUCCUAAUACAGUGAUUCGCGCUUCAGCAAAAUGUCAUGACUCUAUUCGUGAGCAAUGGAUUCGAAAUAAAUAUGUAGAUCGCUUAUAUGUAAAACCAUUACCUAAUAAUGAAUUAGUUUUGGAAGAAAUACAAGAAAAUACCAAAAAAUGGAGUGUUCUUAAAGUUAGACGAAGAGGAACACAGUACAAAUCUGUGCAAAAAAAUGAAAAAAAAGAUAAUGUCAUGAUAUUUAGUGGCAAUGCCGGAAGUAUAUCUUUAGAUGCUAUAAGUAGUGACGAUGAGUCAACAAUUAGCGAUGAUGGAGUAGAUGUAGAAGAAGAAGACAUGUGUACAUUAGGACCAGACAUGUUGCUAUACCGUGCUGCAGCAGCCCAUAACCUACCAGUAAUGUGUCAUGCUAUAGCAAUAGGAGCAGACAAAAAUUGGAGAAAUCCUAACGAUAAUGGAAGGACUUGCCUUUUCCAAGCUAUACUCAGUGGAUCUGUUAUGGCUUGUGAAUAUUUAAUUUUAAAUGCAUCUGACAUAAAUAUCCAAGACUUUGAUGGUCAGACGCCUCUAUUUUUCGCUACACAAUUGGAUCAUACAGCUCAAGUUUGUCUUCUAUUAAAACACAAAGCAAAUCAGUAUCUUCGAAAUCAUGAAAAUGUUGAACCGCUAGAAGUGGCCAUAAAACAAGCUAAUGCAAAUAUAGUAACAUUGCUUAAACUAAGUCGUUUGAAUGAAGAAAUAAAAAAUUCUGAACAUGGAAAUUCAGAAGAAUCUUUCAAUGAAGUGGUACGUGAUUUUGCCCAACUCACAUUCAGUCCUUUACAUAAGUGAUUAUUGAACAAAUAUUAGCCUUAAAAAUUACUAUACUUUUACUCCACAAGACUUCAGUGGUUUUCUCUUGCAGUAUAUUAUAUACCUCUUAGAUUUAUUACAACGACAUCCAUGUUAAUGAACAAAUACUAUUAAGACUACUACUAUUUAUAUAAUGUGUAUUUGUGGCCUGAAAUUGUUUUCAUUUAUGGCGUUUUCUUAAUAAUUU